AUGGAAGCAUCAAGCAUUACUUUUGGCCCUAAAGCUCUCCCUAGCGUUCACAACGUCCAUCUUUGUCUUAAGACCAGCUUCUCUCUAUUUCCUCGUCAUUUACUAAUUAAAAACCAAACUCUUUCCUCAAAGAAACAUACAAAGCACAACCUGUUCUGUGUUAAAGCUGAGGCUAGUGGCGAUCUUGAGAGUACUCGUCCAUUGACAUCUUUUUCUCCAUCUUUUUGGGGAGAUCACUUCCUCUCUGUUCCCGUCAAUGACUUAGAGUUUGAAGCACUUGAGCAAGAAAUCGAAUCCGUUAUGAAGCCUAAAGUAAGAGACAUGCUCAUGACUCCUCACAGCAACGACACGGUGAGGAUCCGUCUCAUCCAUUUGCUUAUCAGCCUCGGUACCGCUCAUUAUUUUGAGAGCGAAAUCGAAGAGAUUCUACAACAGGCUUUUAGGAAGUUGGAUGGUUUAAUUUCGAAAGAAGAUGAUUUGGAAACAAUUGCAAUCAUGUUUGAAGUUUUAAGACUAUACGGACACAAAAUGCCCUGCGAUGUGUUUGAUAGAUUCAAAGGUGAAGAUGGAAAGUUUAAGGAAAGUCUAGCCAAGGACACUAGAGGGAUGCUACAACUAUACGAAGCAUCCCAUCUAGGGACACUAUCUGAAGAUAUUAUGGAGGAAGCGUUGACUUUCACGCGGUACCACUUGGAGGAGUCGUUGACAAACCAAGGAACAAGCUCCAAUCUCUUAAAGCAUGUGGAAAACGCAUUGUAUAGAGCUCGAUAUCACAGCAUAGAGAUAUUAGUCGCUCUACAAUACAUCUCUUUCUACGACAAAGAAGAAGGCCAUGACGAGACACUCCUCAAGUUUGCUAAGCUCAACUUCAACUUUUGCCGGCUUCAUUACAUCAAAGAGCUCAAAUCUCUCACCAAAUGGUGGAAGGGCUUUGAUUUUGUAGCCACGCUUCCUUACAUCAGGAAUAGAUCUGUGGAGAUCUUUUUGGGAUCCGUGGCAUUGUUUUUUGAACCAAGAUAUUCACUAGGGAGAAUGAUAGCCGCUAAACUCACUAUGAUCAUGACGGUUAUUGAUGAUACAUAUGACGCCUAUGCCACUCUUCCUGAAGCUACAAGUCUUACUGACGCUUUGCAAAAGUGGGAUCGUGACGCCAUUGAAAAUCUACCAAACUAUCUUAAAACGUAUUUCCUGAAUUUGUUAGAAACUGUGGAAGAAAUUGAACGGGAAAUGCGGAUUAGAGGAAGAUCUUGUAGAGUGAUAAUAGAUCAGAUCAAGAGUGUGGGGAGAGCGUACCACGCCAUAGCAAGAUGGGCACGCACAGGUGAUGUGCCAAGCUUUGACGAUUACAUGGAGGUUGUGAUUGAAAUAGCGGCGAUGGACGACUAUGUAUCCUACAGCUUGGUUGCAAUGGAAGAGUGUGAAGAGAAACAAUUGUACGAAUGGUUCGAUUCCAAACCCAAAAUUAUCCAUACUUUGAGCGUUCUGUUUCGUCUCAGAAAUGAUAUAGCCUCCUUCGAGCUAGAGAUGAGUAGAGGAGAGGUGGCGAAUGGCGUCAACUGUUACAUGAAGCAAUAUGGUGUUACCAAAGAAGCAGCCGUGAAAGCAUUGAGUAAGAUAGCGAAAGAGAGUUAUAAGAUGAUGAUGGAGGAGUUGAUGAGUUCGAAAGAUGUGCCUCGUCAGAUUCUGGUUCGAGUCAUCAACAUUGGACGAGUUAUAGAUUUGUAUUACAAGGAAGGUGAUACAUUUGCAGCUCCCGAUCAAAAGAUGAAACAACUUAUUGCCUCUUUGUUCCUGCAUCCAUUUCUCCUUUAACGUAAAGACUCAAUAACAAGUUGGAACGUUAUAUAUAUAUAUAUAUAUAUGGGAUUUUGAUUCCCAUGAG